AUGGCUAUGUGCACGACUGUGGCGUCGCCUGACGGCUAUGGGCAGCAUUUAUGUAUCCAUCAUAAACAUGACGAGUUCAAUGAGCUGGUGAAGGACCCCAAGCAGAGCGAGCCCUCGCACUCGGACCACAGCGAUGACGGACACAACACGGACGAGCUGCUGCGCAUGCUGGGCGAAGACGAUAGCAAGAAGAAAAAAGUGCUUACAACCAUUCGCGAAAAGAACGCGCGUCGCGCCGCCCGCUCUAGUGAGGACGACUACUUUCUCGAGGGGGCGAAAGUGACCAAGUUGAAAGUGGCCAAGAACGCCAUCAUACGGACACAGCCGAUGAAGGCCGAGCCGGAGGACUUCAGCGACAGGGACAGCGAUAUGUCCGACGACGAAGAAAGCACAGUGAAGAGAAUGUUUACUACCAAGCCCCGACCGAACGUAGGACGAGCGUUGAAAUCGUCGUCAUUCAAUAAAGUUAAGACUGAGAAACCUACACCCACCCCCGUGAAGCAGUACACCAACACGAGCAAGCGCAAGUCCCUUCUCAAACCGAGAGCGGAGCACCCGGAGAUCAUAGACGAGGAGGAGUUCCUGGAGGACGACGAUUUCGACCUUGACGAGGUGAGUGACCCAGUCGUGAGUGACCGACCUACUCACAGCGAGAACGAGUCCCUUCUCAAACCGAGAGCGGAGCACCCGGAGAUCAUAGACGAGGAGGAGUUCCUGGAGGACGACGAUUUCGACCUUGACGAGCUCAAGUCCCUUCUCAAACCGAGAGCGGAGCACCCGGAGAUCAUAGACGAGGAGUUCCUGGAGGACAACAACUUCGACCUUGACGAGGUGAGUGACGCAACCGUGAGUGACCGACCAGCGGAGCACCCGGAGAUCAUUGACGAGGAAGAGUUCCUGGACAGGAGGACGACGACUUUGACCUUGACGAGCAAGAACGAGUCCCUUCUCAAACCGAGAGCGGAGCACCCGGAGAUCAUAGACGAGGAAGAGUUCCUGGAGGACGACGACUUUGACCUUGACGAAAACGAGUCCCUUCUCAAACCGAGAGCGGAGCACCCGGAGAUCAUAGACGAGGAAGAGUUCCUGGAGGACGACGACUUUGACCUUGACGAGGACGUCGGCGGAGAAUGGCGACGAGAGGACGAGGACGUGACGACACAGACGACAACGAAGUCGCAGCCGAUACGUCGGCCCGAGCGGAUGGACGAGGAGAUACCGAGCGACGACGACAGCCACUCUGAGGACGACAGCUUGUACGACGUAAUGCCAUCUUCCGAUUCCGAGGACAUGGACGAUUGGUUCACGCUGGACAUCCGCGCCGAGCGCGCUGGCGACUACUUACCUUGGCUCGGUGACAAAGCGCACAAACUCCUAACCGAAGAGAAGCACCGCGUGUCGUCCCGCCUCGCCGCCCUGCGCCAGAGCGUGACAGCACUACAGAGCAGCGGCCGCGUCCAAAGCGACCAGAUCAAGGUCGCGACAGAGGCGCUACACGAGCUAGAUGCUAUGUUAGCUGCCGCCUGAUUUAUGUGAGCCUGGUACUUCGACAUUAAAAUAUCUCUUGUUAACUUAGGUUUGGUGACUCAAUUUGCUGUAUAAAAUACUUACUUGUUCAAUAUGAU